AUGAAUCGAGCUCGGCCAACCGUGGCCAACGAUCGGGCAGCACAAAAUGCCCAAACACUAAAGGCACUGGUGAAACUCGAGAGCAACAAAGUAUGCGCAGACUGCAAGAAGAACAAGCAUCCAAGAUGGGCCAGUUGGAACUUGGGAGUGUUUGUGUGCAUCCGGUGUUCAGGCAUUCAUCGUGGUAUGGGAACACAUAUUAGCAGGGUCAAGUCGGUCGACCUCGAUGCGUGGACAGACGAGCAACUACAAAGCGUCCUGAAAUGGGGAAAUGCAAGAGCCAACAAGUACUGGGAAGCAAAACUGCAACCAGGGCACGUACCGUCCGAGUCUAAGAUCGAGAAUUUCAUUCGGACAAAAUAUGAAUCUAAGAGAUGGUGUAUGGACGGGCCUAUGCCAGAUCCGUCGACAUUAGGUGACGACGACGAUGUCCCUCUGAACGUUGUACAAGAGAAGGCAAAGAUUGAGAGAAGCGCCUCCCAAAAGCAGGCCGCAGGUCUCAGACAGCCUCCUGCAGCGCCGGCAGCAGUGCGGCAGCAGCCACAACAGGCCAGUGUGAACCUGUUCGACGAUUUCGAACCUCCUGUCCGGCCUAGCACCACCGACAAUGCCUCGAGCAAGCCUCCUCAGCCAGUUGCCGCACCUGCAGUCAAAAGCAACAUUCAGUCGAACAACCUGAUGGGCUUGGACUUUUUCGGUGCACCACAGGCUGCAGGCGUUGGAAGACCGUCGAGUGCUACAUCGAACCCAGCACCUACAACAAACGCAAGAAGUGAUCUCAAGAGCUCAAUUUUAUCGCUUUACGCAAGUGCUCCGAAGCCACAAGCACAACCUGCUACUCAACCUAUGCACGAACGACAAACCUCUUUCGGCGGUAUGUCAUCACCAACCGCAGCGAGGCAGGACGCGUUUGGAGGUUUGGCAGAUGCAUUUGGGGGGAUGAAUUUCUCAAACAAUACAGCCAGCAAUGUGAGAUCACCUCCUCUACAGUCGCCUACGUCGGCGUUCGGGUUUGCGUCUACUACAUCGCCUCCGUCACAAUCCUCCUCAUUGUCGGGCCUCAGCUUCGCUACCACGAAUCCAUCCAAGGCGGCUCCCGUUGCAGCACAGGUAACAUCGCCUCCUCCUCUUGGUGGUGGUAACUUCUUUAGCACAGCAGCAAAGCCGCCAGCGCCGAGAGUGGGUCAUGCUACUCAGGUGUCGAACACUCUAAACUUUUCCUUCACCCAGGCUUCACCGCCCUCAGCAACGCCAAAACCUACGACAACAUCCAUUCCUGCAGACUUGUUCGGUGAUGAUGGAUUCAAUGACUUCGCUUCGGCACCUGACAAGACACCUUCUGUGCCUGCAGCCAAACCUGUGUCUCCACCUAUACAGAGUCCACCAAUUAUGAAUUCUGCCUUCAAUCUGACUUCGCCAACUCCGAGUGCACCAAACCCCGCUCCUAUUUCACAAGCAGUCAGGCCAUCGAUACCUACUCAGUCGAGUAAUGGGCUAUUCGACCCGUGGGGAGGCGCGGACACAAACGCCUGGGGUGCUCCUGAGGCUUCGAAGCCACCACCAGCAAAGGUCGAGCUCGGUAGUGUACCCUCACACAUUACACCAAACGAUAUCUCUGGAGGUUGGGGAGCACCUAUCUCUUCAGCGAGCAGGAGCACUCAACAACCUACUGUUGCGGCAGAUGAGGACUUUGGCGGAUGGGCAUCUGCGGCGACACCAGCAGCAACGAGCAAGCCCUCUAAUGGCUUUGGGGCAUCCGAUCCAUUCGAUAAUCCAUGGGGUUGA